GUCAAGCCCUAUUACUGCAUCAUCUGGGCAAAUAGACAGAAUUUUGGGAAUUAUAAAUUUCAGCAUUUCUGCUGAAGUAGGAGUUGAUUUUUUCCAAGAGCGAGUGUCCAUACCCUGAUGAAAAUAAUCACGUACUGAAUAUACGCCGUGUCGCGAUAUUUCGUAGCUGUGACAGAUUUUCUAACCUCAAUGGUCGUCAACUUCCACGCUUAAUAUUUCGGUUCUCGAGGCACAACGACGCUUAUUUCUGCAAGAUUCUUUCGUUUCAUACGAAAACGCGUCGAAUAAAUCGAAUUUAUUGAUUUUUGGGAUGUGUAGUUAAACUGUAUAAUUAUCCAAUUUAGUGUACAUCGUUCUUUAAAUACAGUGCUGAAAUCAAGCAGAUCUUUGAUGCACACUACUAUUAUGCUUGACAUGUAUAACCGCGAAUAAAGUGAAGAAAAAGCGACGAUAGAAAUAAUGACUGACGUGGAAAAAUCUAGAGCAAUGGAGAUUCAAUUGAAAACUGAAAAACAAUUGAGCGAAGAUAUAGUAGAUUUCUCAGAAGCUGCAGAAAAACUGGCGGAAGGUCUUUUGGGUAUUUAUCAAUCUCCACUGGAACAAGUUAAGCAGGAACUUUUCGAGCUGACUAAUAAACAAGACUCUCUACUUACACGAAUGCAGGUUGAGGAUAAAAGGAUACAUGAGACAUGUGAAGAUAUAGAUUUAAAUGAUAUGUUUUCAACCGUUAAAAUGUAUCAAGGAAAAUUAGGAGUGAUAAGAAAAGAAAUGAUUAAUAUUCAUGAAAGAACGUCUAAACUAAAGAAACGCGUGUUGCGUCUUCAACAGAUUAAGAAAAAAGAAUCAAUGAAUAGGGAACAACAACGUGAACAAGAAUUGCGCAAGGAACAAGAAUUAAUUGGAAAAUCUACAACUAAUUAAGAGAGUAUAUAUAAAUCUAAAUAAACCGAUAAAUUUUUACAAAUUAUUUCUAUAAGAGAAAUAUAACUAUAUUUCCACCGAGGGUCAAAGUCAAGUCGAAGUCGGGUUCAGUCGAGUGCUCUUACGGUGGAAACAUUAAGAAUCCUACCCAAUAAAAUUUUAAGGUAGUUGUCAGAUUCCUUUUUACAAUUUCGGACAACGUUUUGAUUGGUCAAAGAGUAACUGCCAUAUUCAAGACGAUUGCGCAUCCUUGGGAAUGGAAUCCUUAUAUUCUUGUAUCAUGGUGUAACUCUGAUUGGUGGAAACAGGCAAGCCAACUUAACUGUAACCCGACUCUGACCAGAGAGAAACCUAAGACCAGGCAUCCCGGCCUUUUUUAUGUAACAAAUCUUAUAGGGUAAUAUACACGUUUUUGUGGUUCUCUUCCAUACUAUUAAGUGGGUUAGACAAGGAUGGAUAAUCAACUUUGAUUGCUCGUCCACUCUCAGAUUUCUCUCUGCUCUGACUUGAUUUUGACCCGUUCAAACCAUCGGUAGAAAUUAAACAUAUGGUCUGUUUUCUGCAUUAGAACUAUCUUUCUCACUUUUGACGAAUAUCAAACAUAUCUCAUUUUAAGUUCCAAAAAUUUACAUUAGUUCAGUCAGAAAAAACAGACCCUUUAUCUAAAAAAAUGUAAAGAUUUA